ACUCGCGGCUUUGCGAAACCAAAAGCUUGAAGAGCGGCGGGACAGUGAUACUGCUCGCAGUGGGUGACAAAAAACGGGACGACACCGCCAUGGGUUUAGGACUGCAACACUUCGAUGACCGCGUUGGCGAUGGGAUCGGACAUCCCCGGUUAGACUCCGAAUCCGGCGAGGAGCUGCUGCGCGUCGAGCCGGGCGUCGCCAUCGCACUCGGCUCCCGACCUCUGGAAUCCCGCGGAACACUCUAUAUCUCCACCAGGAGGGUGAUUUGGUUGAGCGACGUAGACAAGGUGAAAGGAUAUGCGGUGGAUUUCCUGUCGGUUUCCCUCCACGCAGUGUCGAGGGAUCCAGAGGCAUUCCCGUUGCCCUGCAUCUACGCUCUGAUCGAGACCGAAGAUCGUGAGGUGUCUGAAAGCUCAGAUUCAGAGCGUCAUGACAAUUUAGAACUUUCAAAUGUCACUGAAAUAAGACUUGUACCAUCUGGUCCUGGUCAGUUGGAUACUCUUUUUGACGCUUUAUGUCAAUGUGCUAAACUAAACCCUGAGCCUUGUCAAGAAGGAGAGGAAGAAAAUAGCUGGUUUUUUGGCGAUGAAGAAACGGCUGAUAAUGGAAGUGAUUCAGAGUGGCAGCUUUCAGAAAAUCAUGCCAAACCCAUUGGUUAUGCUUAUGGAGAUCAUGACUUAGCUCAUGCAAUGCAUGAGCUUCAAAUCAACGAUCAGCGGUUUGAGGAUGCAGAUGAAGCGGAAACUGAGUCUCAUAACGAUCAUACAUGAGUUACUAAAGACAAUACACGCAGCUUGUAAUCUGUGAUGCAUCAGAAUUGCUGUUAACUACAGUUGAUAACAUUGGAUGCUCAGUAAAAUGUGAAAUUAAAUAGGUUCAACCUACUUGAAUCUUCAUGGAAGAUGUCGCUUUUGGUCAAGAAUGUGUUUUUGGUACCGGUGAUUAUUCCAUUGUGAUUCAGCAUCAACAA